AUGGCUCAGGCCGGUCAAAUUGAUGAGUGUCCAAAUUGCCCUGGCGUCUACAAACCGUCGGAAUACCCCGUGUGCAGGGAGUGUUACCAACAAAAUCUACGGCGGCCGGCGGCCGGACAAAUUCGGGAACAACGUGACCAGUACGCUGACGAAAGCAAGGGUUGGGACCAACAGCCCCAACCGGAGGUAACUGCUCCAACGUCAGAGGCGGCACGAGUAAUUGGUCAAGCCCGCACCAACCUCACCUUUCACCAACAAGAGUGCGAGAACCACGAAACCAGCACCAUUCAAUAUCUCAUCAUGCCGGUGCUCGCCGGCUUAGGGUGGGAUAUACAUGAUCCGGCGCAGGUUGGAACGGAAUAUAGACCAACCGGCAAUCGGAACGUGAGGCCGGAUAUCGCACUAAUGUACAACGGUGCGCCAGUAGCGUUCAUUGAGGCAAAGCGAUUGGAUCGGGGAUACUCUCCUGACUACAGGGAGCAACUCAGCAAAUAUGCCGAGUGCUUGGGCGAUGGCAGCACGGCGGUGCUCACCAACGGGCGGUUCUGGCAGAUCUGCUCGGUUUCUGGUGGCAAACCGCUCCUCCGUGAAACCAUUGACGUAAACCGGGGCGCAGCCGAAGAAGUAGCUGCAAAGCUCAGCGAUGCCUUAAGCAAGUCCAUGUUGCAGGUUGAUGUCGGCAACACGUCUCGAACGACUGGAACCUCCCAACAAACAGCUCCUAAUCGCGAAAAAAUCCGCGGCGACCUGAGGCGCUACCGGGAUGGUGAAGCCGAGCGACAAGGCAUGUCGCCUUACGUCCUGACCAAUGCAAUCAUUUCGCUGAUCGCGGAACAGUGCCCAACCGAUCUUCGCCAGUUGCGCGAAAUCUCCGGCGUCGGGCCGGCAACUAUAGAGCAGCACGGCGACUCAAUCAUCAGGAUCAUCCGGGGACGAUGA